UCCCCACAAUCACUCCCCCCCCCCCAAUAUCCCGCGCGGAUAAGCCCUGAUGUUCGGCACUGCCUCUCUACACACCAUUCCCCGACAUCCAUCCCCGUGCCAGCAUGGGUGGCCGCCGUCCAGCACGGUGAGCGGUGCUGGGGUUCUCGGUGCCCGGCGUAGGAGUGAUGGGGUCCCCUCAGGGGUACCGAGCUUCGUGGUGGACGUUCCUUCUGCACCAGGCACCGCACAUCAACUUCCAAUUUGAGGCAGUGGGGAGCGAAAUUGCCCCAGAUGAUUGGGGUUACCAGCAGGCGUUGCUGUUUCUGGCUAGCAUCUCAGGCCUGUGCUUUGCCAUCAGCCUAGUUCUCAUCUGCGUCUACCUGAUCCGCUUCUGCUGCUGCAGCAAUGAAGAUGAUGAGGAAACCAAGACACAAAGAGUUUGCUGCGUCACCUGGAGCUGCGUGGCGGCUGUUAUCGUCUGCUGUGCUGGGAUUGGCAUCGGUUUCUAUGGAAAUAGCGAGACCAAUGAUGGUGUGUACCAGGUCACAUACUCAUUGCUGAACGCCAACCACACACUAAGCUCCAUCGAUACUCUGGUCUCAGAGACAGUGGAGCUGCUUUCAGCCACAGUACGGGGGGAACUCACCCAGCUUGAGGAGACGCUUUCCCCACGGACCGAGCUGGUGGCCGUGGUCCGGAACACGCGCCGCCAGGCCGAGGCAGUAGCGCAGACCCUGGAUGGCAUUCCCUUCUGGGGGGAGGCACGCGGAGGGCCCAGCAUCCUAGCAGAACAAGUCGGUGACCUGGAAGACUACAGGUGGCUGGCCUACAUUUUGUUGCUGCUGUUGGACCUCAUUAUCUGCCUCUUCACCUUGCUGGGCCUGGCGAAGCAGAUCAAGUGGCUGGUAAUCGUAAUGACUGUGAUGAGCUUCCUUGUUCUCAUCCUGAGCUGGGGCUCCAUGGGGCUGGAGACCGCAGGAGCUGUGGGACUGAGUGAUUUCUGCUUUGAGCCAGAUGGCUUCGUGAUGAACACAACCCAAGCCAAGACUGGACUCAGCCCAGAAAUCCUACAAUACUACUUAACCUGCAGCCAAGAUAUCUUUAACCCUUUCCAGCAGAGGCUCACUAUGUGUCAGAGGGCACUGUCCAACAUACAUUCUCAGCUGUAUGGAUUGGAGAGAGAAGCUGUCCCACAUUUCCCAGCAGCUGAGAAGAACAUCUUGUCCAUCCAGAGCACUUUGAAUACCACGGAAAGCAACUUCCAUCACCUGGUUGCUCUGCUCAACUGUCGGGGACUUCACAAGGACUAUGUGGACGCACUGAAAGGGCUGUGCUACGAUGGCAUGGAAGGGCUGCUCUUCCUCCUCCUCUUCUCCUUCCUCUCUGCCCUUUCCUUCACCACAGCUGUCUGCAGUCUGCCCCGUGCCUGGAAGAGGUUCCAGAACAGGGACUCGGACUACGACGACAUGGAGGACGACGACCCUUUCACGCCCCAGGCACGUAGGCCUCCGACGGUGCGCGCGGGGGGGGCCGGGCCCACCCUGCCCGGCUCCUAUAGCCACUGUUCAAGCUGGGGCAGCCGUGGCAGCCUGCGCCUCUCAGCCCCCCCCAUUUCCAACGCCCCCGUCUCACAGUACAUGAGUCAAAGCGCUUCGUACAGUGGCAGUCCUCGAUUUGAGAGCGUCCCCCUCAUCGACCGUCAUUCCCCACCCCCUUCGUAUUCCCCCAGCAUGCGAGCGUCUUACGUCGGUGCUAGCGAAGAAGUGGACCUCCCCUACCGGACCGGAUUCCUGCCCUAGAUGCACCCCAGAAGAACCCCCCCAACCCACAUCCACACCAUCCGACUAACACAGAGCAGACCCCCCCCCUGCCCACCUCUUAUCGGAGCGCGGUUGACGCGAGCCCUAUCACCAUGUGCCCCCUGCCCCUUCGCCUGAAUCUCGUCUUCACUCAUUUCAUUUGCCUGCCCUCCAUAAGAAAGCAAAGGAAGAAGAGAGGGGGGAGGAUAGCCCUUCUGGGAUUUGUGGGACAUUCGCAGAGGCAGGAGUGAGGAGUGAGAAAAGGCUAAGGAAAGGGGAUCAGAGAAAAGAAUGUAAUAAAAAGUGGUGUGGCUGAGAGACAGGGCAAAGGUGAGCCAAGUAAGGGCUUUUCUACAUGAGGAGUUCAUCAUGUCCUCGUCAGUCCAUACUCAUGGGUUUUUUAGAUGAUGUCAUGACCCUCCAGUUUCGCUUCUUUGUCUAACUAGCAAUUUCGGCAAGUUUUUGUACAGCAGGGAAAAUGCAGCAUUUAGUUGUAAAAGUGAAAGAAAGCGUGAUUCGUCCUUGUGUAUUUGCACUGUCCUGCUAUGCUACAGUGCCACCUAGCGGUUAUGUAGUGGAAAAGCAGGAAAGGAAAUGCUCCUUGUGUAGCACUCAGAUCUCAGUUCUGUGACGAAACCGAAAUUAGAUGCAGCCGAUUAGCAGCAGAUUAACAGCCUCGUGUAGAAAAGCUCUAAAAGGCAAAAGGGAUGAAUGAAUACAUGAAUGAGAGAAGGAAUGACAGAGACCAGCUGGCGAUAGAUAAAGAAAUACAAAUUUAGAGUGAGUGCAUGGGGAUUUAUAUAGAAUCAAGUGUGUGCAAGAGCCAAUGAAUGAGUGAAAAGAUGGAGGGAGUGAAUGAGCGAAAGAAGGGAUAGACUGAA